AUGAGGACUUACACUUACAAGAGUAAGCCCGAGGAGCAGAGGCCCCUGCUGCCAUCGGCGAGGCAUCCCGCGCCCGGACUCUCGCUGCUCUUCGCGACGCUCUGCAUCGUCGACAUCUUCGGCGUCUUUCCCGUCAUCGCCUUGCCACGCGCCAUCGUCCAGUGCGGACUGCUUGGUGUCCCACUGGUGCUCGUAGUUUUUGCUCUGCAAAUUUAUACCGCGAGCUUACUUGGCAAAUCAUGGAACAUCGCAAGAUCGCUGGACCCCAAUAUCACGAGGAAGAGCCGGUAUCCACUGACCGCCGUAACAGAGCUGACGCUGGGCAAAGGCGCGAGCUCCUGCGUGUCGGUACUGUUGGACCUGACUAUUUUUGCCGGCGGAAUACCUAACUUGCUGGUAGCGUCGCAGAACUUGCAACUGUUUGGCCUAAAAGUCUCCGACAUGCAGUUCAACUUGUCGUUCUGUUACUGGCUGCUGCUGGUCGGUGUACUGCUCUGUCCCAUCAUGUGGCUCGGCAGCCCUCGCGACAUGAAAUCGAUCGUGGCCAUCUCCUCGGCGACGAUAUCCGUCACGUCGCUGCUCAUCUGGUGGUCGAUUUUCUCGGACGACGCGAGCGACUCGUACACACCGGUGCCGAGCUCACCGGCCUGGGAGCGCUUCAUCGCGGGCUACGGCAUGUUGGCUUUUCAAUUCGACGUUCAUCCGACCUUGAUGACGAUCCAGGUGGACAUGAAAAAGCCCAAACACAUCGGCAAAGCAGUCAUGCUUGGCUUCCUCGUCAGCGGCACGCUGUUCGCCGUGACGACGGCUCUGGCGGUUUGGCGCUACGGCGGGGACACCUCGGCCAACAUACUGCAGGUCAUGCCACCCGGGCCCAUCGUCCAGGCGGCGGUGCUCAUCUCGGCCCUGCAGCUCUGCCUGACCAGCGCCAUCGGCCACUCGGCCCUUUUCCAGCACAUCGAGGACCACCUGCAGAUCCAGCGCUCUUUCUCGUGGCGACGCUGCCUGCUGCGCUCGUCCAUCGUCGCCCUCGGGGUGGCCCUGGGAGAAUCCGUGCCGCGUUUCGACAUCGUCAUGUCGCUCAUCGGCGGUACUCUCACCGGGCCGCUCGUCUUCGUUCUGCCGCCCCUCAUGUACUCCAAGGCCAGGGCCAUGCGCCGCACGACCAUCAGGCGCUCCUCCGCGCCGGACGAUCUCUGCCGAGCGGGCCUGGAUCCCGAUACCCGAUACAGGUCGACGCCAGCUCCCUACACCAAGCCCGAGAGGUGCAUCCGCGCCUCGACCGACAUCUUUCGAGAUCCUCGAGCCCAUUCCAAAUCGACGCACUACAGCUUUCGAAACGAGUCUGAAUACCGAGACAACGGCUACUCCUUCGUCUACUAUGACUCGGAGGAUCAAAUCGAAAUAAAUCCCUAUACAGGCACGGAAGUGAGCAUCAAAAGCUUUGAGGGUGGCUUCCCAAAGCUCGACGGUAAGGACAUUCCCAGAACUGGAAGCUUACCGAUGAUGCUCGAUGCUACCCGCCCGUCGCUGCAGAGACCAAUGAGACAACAAUUAUUGCCCGAUGCUUAUCUCAAGCCAGGAAAUAAAAUUUUUACCCAGGAACGACUACUAGAUUGGACUGGAUACUGCAUCAUUGUAAUAGGGAUAUUAAUUACCGUUUCUUCGACUUACAUAAACGUUCAAAAUACCAUCACAUUUGUUCAGUUCAUUCCACCAUGCAUAAUGAACGUUAGCGUAUUCGUUCCAGGAUUAGAUUAAGACUUAUGCUACAAAACUUGUUCGUAUAAGUUUAAUUGUAUCAUUUCCAAAUUGAAUUUUUCAAAUUAUUAUUAUCUAU